CCAGCUGUACCAAUCGUUCAGGUCUCUACAAGUCUACAGACACAGCUGGUCAGUCAACAUACGUUGGAGGACUUUAAGAAUGACAAGCAGGCUCUGGAAUACCAGCAGAGGAUUGUGGACAUUUUACUGAAGGUGAUGGUGGAGAACAGUGACUUCACUCCCUCUCAGGUGGGCUCUCUGUUUACCUUCCUGGCCCGCCAACUGGCCAAACCUGACAACACACUCUUCGUCAACAGGAAGCUCUUCGAUCAGGUUCUGGAGUUCCUGUGUAGUCCAGACGACGACUCCAGACACACAGAGAGACAACAGGUGCUGUUGGAGCUGCUGCAGGUGGGAGGUGUGGUCCAGUUUGAUGAGGGACGACUACUGGGACUGGCUGAGAAGGCAGAGUUCUACCAGAUCUGUGAGUUUCUGUAUGAGCAGAAGCAUCUGUAUGAUAAGAUUCUGGACUGCUACCUCAGAGACCCUCUGAGAAAGGAAGAGAUCUUCAACUACAUCCACAACCUGCUGUCCAUGCCUGGCUACAGCUCAGAGGAGAAACACUGUGUCUGGGACAAGGCCCUGCUGCACAUUGCGGAGCUGGUGACCCUUGACCCUGCCAAGUCAGCUGACCUGGUGGCCAUGCAUUUCCCUGAGGAAGUACGACCCAUCAUCACCAGACUACAGGAUGAUCACCUAGUGUUCCAGUUCCUGAGGUGUCUUUUGGACCAGAGUGCUACCUCCAGGGAAGGCCCUCAUCCCCAGCCUCUCCUAAGACUGAGCCCCGACCUGCAUGAGCUCCACAUCGGCUUGCUGUGCCGCUUCACUCCCCGGCAGCUCCCUGACUUCCUCAAGGCCUCUCAGGACUACAGACUAGAGGAGGCCGUCCAGAUAACAGAACAGUACCAGGUCCAUGAAGCUACAUCCUAUCUGUUGGAAAAGAAAGGUGAUUCUCACGGAGCCUUUCAGGUCCUGCUGAAGACGCUGAAGGACAAACUCAGCGCUGUCACCUCAGAGAAAAGGAGUGAAGAGGAGGGGGAGACUGAGAGGGAGGAAGAGAGUCCACUGCAGAGAGUGGAGGGGUCAUUGGGUGACAUCAUCGCUCUGUGUCACAGGAGCUCCCAGAGUCUCAACCAAGAACAGAGAGGGGUGCUGUGGUUCCCUCUGCUAGAAGCUAUGAUGUCACCACAGAAGCUGCUCAAGGGACCGGACACACGCACUACAUCAGAGGUAUUGAAGGAGCUCACCAUGAAGGUCCUGAACAGUAUGAGUAGCUUCAUCCCCCUGCCUGCUAUCAUCCAGCGCAUUCUACAGGACCCUGUGUAUGGUAAAGGAAAGUUGGCUGAGAUACAAGGCCUUAUUCUGGGUAUGCUGGAGACCUUCAACUAUGAACAGACGUUACUGGAGACGACCACCAGUCUGUUGAACCAUGACCUCCACUGGUCCCUGUCUCACCUGCGAGCGGCGGUCAGCAGGGGGCUCCACCCCCGUCAGGACCACUGUAACAUCUGCCUGCAGCAGUACAGGAGACGUCAGGACAGCCCAGAUGACAUCAUCAUAUUCAGCUGCGGCCACCUGUACCACUGCCAGUGUCUGCAGCGGAAGGGGAGUGGCCACGCGGAGCCCAGGUUGCUGCAGGUCUGGAGCUGCUACAAGUGUAUCUCCUCACAGAGAGGGAGGGGCGGGGACAGGGUCACCACGGAGACCGGGAGGGGGCGAAGCACCUCCCUCGCACAGACCAACGUGAUGUCCAGGGAAGCAGGGGAAGAUGGGAAAAAGGUGUUUGCUGAGACCACGUUGGACCCCCAGCAGAGUCAGUCCUGGGACCAGCUACGAUGUCUCUACAGAGGACCUUCCAGGUUGGCCAUCCUGUCGGAAAUCUCCCACUGCCAUGGCAACGAGAAGGCGGGCCUCCUAAACCCCUCCCAACCAGGAACAGGAAGUAUAUUCCACAGCGAGAACUUCCAGCUCAAACUCUCCCCACCGCCAUCGGUCGAAGAGUAGCUUGCCUACAGCCAUGUUCAGUAUGAUGACGUUGUGGAACUUUCAGAUAGAAAUAUUUUGUGUAGAACAGACACGAUGUCCUGGUCAGGUAGAAUAGGCUGUUCCCUCUAUUUGUUAUAUUUCUGACUGAAGACACCCCUGUUGUUUCUGUUGUUGAUUAAACACUACCACGGAUUAUACUCUUGUUGAUCAAAACUACGUUAUCCACUGUCUGGGCGGAUAUUUGAAAUGGUAUCGAUGAAAUGUUAUGUUUCUGUCUGCAAAAUGUCCAUAAAUAAACCAAUUUGUAACGUU